CGGAUUAAUUGCUUGUCGGAGGAAGGAUUUUUGUUUAAAACAACUUACUUUUGCCAGAGAUGGAAAGUCUCACGUCUGUGCAGGAUCUUCACGCGCUUUCAGCACUACUCAAUCCACCGGAGGAAGAUGAAGAUUUCCAGAAAAUAAAGCCCAUGGCGAGAAUAGGCCCGGGCCACAUCGGCUCCCCUGAUCUACCUGCACGAACAAACAACAACGAUGACACUGCUUGUGUGAAGAAGAAGAGCAAAGACAUCUGGGAUGAAGAAGAAGUGACUGAGGUGUCACACUUUGAUGACCUCAUUGAUCCACGGCCACAGCCUGAGUACGAGAUUGUGCUGAAACAGUCUGUUGGUACUGAAGAUUUGUUUCUUGGCCUGAGCCGAAAGGACCCCUCGUCCAUGUGCUGCGACAGCAUGCUGGUAAAAGUUAAACUGCCUGGAACGAAAGCUUCUGAUUUGGUUUUGGAUGUGAGGGAGACAUUUCUUGAUCUGAGAACGCCAAAGUAUAAGUUAGGCCUUCACCUGCCUCACCCAGUCCACAGACAGGAGGGGACUGCCAGGUUUAUCACAGAGAGAGAGGAACUGGAGAUCACUCUGCCCAUGAACAGACCGAUGGACAGUAUUAACCUGGCCUAAGAGAGUGAUGGAGAAGGAGAGAGACUUUAUAGAGAAUGAAGAGCAGAAGCAGCCAGGGAGGAAUAUAAAUGUUUUCCUUUUUUUUAAUUGUGGGAAUACAGGUGCUGUCCUACAGUUCCUCUUUGACAGGAAGUUGGAUAUAUUCAAUCCUGUAAAUGGCCCUUAAUGAAUCAUAAAUUGUUUAAGAAAAGAAAUUAUUCGUUACAAUGUUUUCAGUUCUGCAGUUAAAAAGAGAUAGUGCUGGAAAAGUUA